AUGGGUCUCUUCAUCAGCAAAUACUCCCAGCAGCCGGUGCAGGCUAUGGAGAUUAGCCUGGAGAGGAUUCUACUCCGAGCGCAGGUCAUCGUCGACGAGGCUGAGGGGCGGCGCAUCACAAACCAAGGUAUGCUUCGGCAGCUAGGCAUGCUGAGGGAUGCCAUGUACCAAGGUUUCUACGUGCUCGACACACUCAGAUACAGAGAUUUUAAAGAAGAGGACGCUGGAGAUAAUAAGGUCGAGAGUCACUCCUGGGCUCUGUCCAAAUUAAGUUCUGCAAAGCGUCUGUGCCUAUCUAGCAGCAGCACAAAAGCUUCACAACACCUUGAAGUUGCAAAUGUCCUUGACAGGUUGAGAAAUAUGAUUAUUGACGUCAGUGAGUCCGUGGUGUUCUUGACAUCAUAUCCUCGCAUGCACAGCCAGCCCUACAGUAAGCAUCUUUUGAUGGAAACUUGCAUGUUUGGUCGCCAGAUGGAGAUGGAACGUGUCCUGUACUUCUUGUUGCACACACCACCUUGCAGUAGUAGACUUGAUAGGUUUGAUGUCCUCCCGAUUGUUGGUCCAGUGAGAGGUGGAAAGAGUACCCUUGUUGCCCAUGUCUGCAACGACGAAAGGGUCCGUGAUCAUUUCUCACAGAUUGUGUUCUAUAGACAUGGUACAUUCAGAGAUGAAGAUAUGGUUAUUUUAACAGACAGGUGUACAAUGGGACAUGCGCAGACCAGGAAAUUGUUGAUUGUUUUUGAGGUAGUCGGGAAACUCAACGAUAAUCUGUGGAAAAGGUUGUAUUCUCUCUGUAAAAGUUGCACUACAAGUGGUAGUAAGAUCAUAAUCACGAGCCGAUCUGACAAGAUCGCAAAGCUUGGUACAACCCAGACUAUAACUCUGAAGCAUCUGCCUCUUGAGGCAUACUGGUAUUUCUUCAAGGUGAUUACAUUUGGAUCCACUGAUCCUGAGAUACACCCGAAACUAACAUAUUUAGCGAUGGAGAUAUCGAAGAUGCUGAAUGGAUGUCUGGUUGGUGCAAACAUCAUUGCUCGUGUACUUCAAACUAAUUUUAGCAUCCAGUAUUGGUGCAAGAUUCUGGAAUUCGUGAGAGGGGAAGUAGAGAAAUAUGUGUCUAUGUUUGUUGAGCAUCCUUGUGAUCUGUUGGACGGGACUAAACAUGCAUAUAUUCGAAGACUAGGUAGAACUGGAGAAGAUGUUUAUAUUUCUGGUCUGUCCCAAACAUGUUCUUCUCAAGAGGAACUUCCAGAGAUAACAGUGCAAAAUCUGUUGUGUGGAGGCGUCAAACCUCCAUACCUGGGUAGAACAUUUAAGGUCCUUGCAUGGAAGUCCAUGUUACCUCCUUACCAUUGCUACAUCCUGACCUGUGAGAUUCAAAGGCUGCAAACUAGAGUUGGCAAGAAGAGGGGCUCACUGAAUAAUUAG